AGGCGCGACUCGCACCGGCUGCCGCGGGGGAGCUGCACCGGGCCCGCACCCACGGCUGCCCGGGGAACUGCCGGGACCCGCACGCACCUCGAACACCGCCGAGGCUCCCGCUGCUCUGUGCAGCUCGGCGGCACCGACUGCACCGGCAGCACCGGCGGCACCGACGGCCGCGGGACACCCGCACUACCCAGCGGUACCGACGGCACCGACAGCCGACGUUCCCCCGCACCGUGACCGCCACCGCCCGCCCGCCGGCACCAGGGCCCAAGGGCACCAUGACCCUGCUCAAGCUGUCCCUCAUGGCCUUCAGCUUCGUCUUCUGGGCAGCGGGGCUGACCAUGCUCAUCAUCGGCCUCUGGGCCAAGGUGUCUCUGGGCAGCUACCUGGCGCUGUCGGCCAGCGACUAUCCCAGCGCCCCCGCCAUCCUCUUAGCCACCGGCGCCGCCGUCAUCAUCUGGGGCUUCCUGGGAUGCUUCGGCGCCGCCACGGAGCACCGGGGGCUCCUGCGCGCCUACAGCGCGUUCCUGACGGUCGUGCUGGCGGCCGGGCUGGCGGCCGGGCUCUCCGCGCUACUGUACCGCCAGACCCUGGCGCACGGCUUCCAGGAGGGGCUGCGCCAGGCACUGCUGGCAUACGGGGAGGACGAGCGGGUGGCGGACGCCCUGGACGCGCUGCAGCGCGCCUUGUCCUGCUGCGGGGUGCAGAGCUACCGCGACUGGCUCGCCUCGCCCUGGGGGCUGGAGCAGAACGGGUCGGUGCCGCUCAGUUGCUGUCGGGCCCGCCGGGGCUGCCAGCGCAGCCCGCCCGACGCUCGAAGGCUGCACCGCGACGGCUGCUUCGCCAAGGUGUCGGCCUUCAUCGACAGCAACAUGUCUUAUGUUGCCACCGCUGCCCUGGGACUGGCACUGCUGCAGCUCAUCGGCAUUGUGCUGGCCUGCUUGCUGGCUGCCCGCGUCCCUGCUGGCCUGCUGGGCACCACCACCCCUCGCUGAAGUCCC